AUGUCACUUUUCAGAACUUUACAGCAAUCACCUGCUACUAUCAGUAUUUUUCAUAGUACUAAGAUACCACUUUCUGUUAGUUUAUAUCAUCUCUUGGAUAGAGCAUUUAUUAAAUUACCAGCUAAAGCAACUAAUCAAUUUCAAAUUGAUUUAAUGAAGGAUAAAAUUCCUACAUUUUCUCAAUAUCAAUAUUUAGCUUCUAAUUGUUUACAUGAUGCCAAGAGUAAACAAGCUCUUAGCAAUUGUUAUCCAUUCUUAAAGGAUAGAGUUAGUAUUGCACCUGAAGCAACUCAAAGAGUUACAUUUAGAGGAUUAGAAAGUGUAUCACCAACUUUCAAAAAUAGAAUAUUUAAUGAAGGCGAAUAUUCAUUAAUUGAAGAAACUUUUAAUAAAUUACAAGAAAUUAAAGAAGACGAUAUCACUGACAUUUCUCCAUCUGAUCUCUUUAGAGCUCCAUUAAUAAUUGAUUGGGAUCAAAAUUUAAUUGCUGCAGAUGAAGAAGGUUUACUUAAUAUACUUAAGAAAUAUGAAAAUCAAUAA